AGUUUUAAAGAUAAUGCUUGUAAGUUCUAAUUCUAAAAAAAUUAGGUGAUUAGAGAAAAUUGAGAACCCCAACCAAUCCCAAAGACAUACUCACUUCUACUUGUGCAACUCCAAAUCGAUCGAAUCAAGAAAAUUGUGAGCAAUGAUAAGAGUUUCAUCCAUUCACCUUUCCCCCUUUGUUAGCCGUUUUCCGCCGCCUAUCUUUUCUCUUCUUCCGGCGCUCAUUCUUCCAUCCUCGCCGCUGCCGCUAUCUCACCGGAGAACCGCCCACUCCUCGCCCAUUGAUCGUCGCAAUUCUCUGUUUUUUAGCUCUAAGUUCAUUCGGUUUCCGGGAAUGUCCGCUCCUAAGCGCAAUCUCAUUGCCACAGCUUCACUCAGCACCUCGAGCAGCUCUGAAGCUGGGAGAGAGAUUUUAGUGCAGCAUUUGCUUGUCAAAGAAGAAGACCAGAAGCUGUUGCUUGAGCUACAGAAAAGAGCUGCUGAGGGAGAGGACUUGAGUGACUUGGCUGUAGAACACUCGAUAUGCCCAUCAAAAGAGGAAGGAGGUAUGCUCGGUUGGGUGACAAAGGGGCAGAUGGUGCCAGAAUUUGAGGAGGCUGCAUUUAAUGCUCCUUUAAAUAAAAUUGUGAGGUGCAAGACUAAAUUCGGGUGGCAUUUAUUGCAAGUACUGUCUGAAAGAGAAGAAUCAAUGCUUGCAGACAUUCAGCCUAGUGAACUCCACGAGAAAAUGCAAGAUCCAUCUUUUCUUGAAGAGGCACAGCUGAUUGACGUUAGAGAACCAGAUGAAGUGUCCAUAGCCUCGUUGCCGGGUUUCAAAGUUCUUCCACUUCGCCAGUUUGGAAGUUGGGGACCAGAAGUUGCAACAAAGUUUGAUCCAGAAAAGGAUACCUAUGUUAUGUGUCAUCAUGGUGUCCGGUCAAUGCAAGUUGCUCAAUGGUUGCAAACACAGGGAUUCAAGAGAGUAUUCAAUGUGACGGGAGGCAUUCAUGGAUACGCUGUAAAAGUGGACUCAUCCAUUCCUACUUACUGAUAACUUCGCGUCAUUAUUUCCUAGAACAAUAAUAGGUUGUUAACUAUUCAGAAAUUUAACAGUGAACUCCAGAUUUUGAUUCCGACUUAAAAUCUUCAUUGCUUUUUGUGGCAUCA